UUUUUCCCCCAAUAAUAUAUAUAUAUGCAAUAAAACAAAGAGAGAUUGCAAGAGUGAAAUGGGUACAACCGCGAUAGCGCCAUGGAAGCAGCUUCUCUUGAAUGCUAUGCAAUCCAAUUCUCACCUCAAACACUCUUCCUACUUUCAGCUCGCAACUAUUGGAAUUAAUGGAAGACCCGCUAAUCGCACUGUUGUUUUCAGAGGAUUCCAAGAUAACACUAAUAAGAUUCAAAUCAACACUGAUUCUCGAACUCAUAAGAUUGAAGACCUAAAGCAAUGUCCAUUUGGUGAGGUAUGUUGGUACUUUACUGACUCUUGGGAGCAGUUUCGAAUAAAUUGCGUAGUUGAUGUCAUUGAUGGAUCUAAUCCGGACCCCAUAAAACUUCAGUUCUGCGAAAAUGCAUUGCAGCAAAGAGAGAAAGCAUGGUUUGCAAGUUCUCCAAGGUCAAGGUUGCAGUAUGUGGGUCCAUAUCCUGGUCUUCCCUCUAUAAGUGAACAGUCUUCCGAGGAGUCCUCUUUGGAUGAUUCUACAGGUCCGGUUGAUGCAUUUUGUUUACUAGUUCUAAAUCCUGAGCAGGUGGAUUACCUAAAUUUGAAAGAAAAUAAGAGGGUAAACUUUACAGCCAGACAAAGCAAUGAAAGUGAAAAGCUUUGGAACUCAGAAAGAAUCAACCCGUGAAUUUUAUUUUUGUAAUUAUGAGAUUCAAGGUGGCAGAUUUACAAAUCUAAACCAUUCUAGUAAUUAAUUGGUGAAUGAUUCUUUGAUUACAUGAAAGAAUGGAAAGGAGUUUAUCUUUCCAGGAUCAUGUAAAUGUCAGAUAUGUUUAUAGUAAUGACAUUGACACAAAACAUUUCUAUUGAGAUGAUAGUGUGUAUUUAUAUGUAGUAGAAACAAGUAUAUUGUGUAGUGAAUUACGAGGAGAUUGAGAUGCUAUCAUGCUACUUUGUAAUUUUUGC